AUGCCUAAAAUCAAUGAGCGCUGUAUUCAGAAUCUCUUAUCCAACCUCUCGAUGUGGGAAGAUGAAAACCAUGAGAUCGAGCACGCCGUCAUUGCCGACUCGGGAACAUCGCAGAUACUCCUGAUCUGUGCUUGCGAUGGACGGGAAGACUUCGAGAGCGUAAAAGCCAGCAAAACAAUCGAUGCGAAUGGCGUCACCUACGACAUCAUCGGCACCAUCACCCGCGAAGGUGGCCAGGAGAAUGGCGAGGACUCAGUCGGCAUCGAAUUUGAAAAGGAAUCGGUGCUGAGAGUUUUCUUCGAUGCGUCUUAUCGACUCAAGAAUCAGCCGAAGUACUACUCCAAACGCAUCAUGCGCUAUUUGGAGGAAAUGGAGGGCGAAAGGGGGGAACAGGAAGUGCUGAAAAAGGAGAAGAAGCGGGCGAAGAGGGAGAGGCAGAAGGCUAAGAAGGUGAGUCGCUGCUGUUCAGGGAUGGUAGAAUUCCAGUCAUAUCUGCACCAGCUGAAGACGUCGGAAACGGGCGCGAGAGCGGUAAAUGAGUAUGGAGCUGCCUUGAUCUCGCAGAGCAGGUCUCCCUGUGAUCCUGAGAGAACAUGGAUGAAUCCACAAUCUUCGAGUCAUCGGCAGCGCUUCAGCCGAAAUACUCACUGA